UUCUAACCUAAAAAAAAUAUAGAUUAUUUGAUAUACCAAAAUAAUGAUUGUGUUGUUUCAAACUUUCAAACAAAUAAAUGUGUAAUUUUCAUAAUGUUUAACAUACUUAAAAUAAAUGUAUCUUCUAGAUCUUUCUUAAUUUUACAAGCUCGAUUCAAAACAAAGACACAUUGGGCAAAAUUAAAAAAGAAGACUGGCCCUAAACACAAGGCAUUAAACCAUUUUGACGACUUCUAUGGGUCCGUUUUUGGAGAACAAUGGCCUCCAAUGAAAGAAGCCUUACUUCGUCGGUCUAAAUACGUCGCUGUUAUAAAUAAUUAUGGAGAUGCAGAAGAAACUAUGAAAUAUCUUUCUAAUAGAGGUGCCCAUUGUCUUAAAGAUUUAAUGAAAAUCCAACAAGCCUUUUCUAAUGAAUACACACCCACAGAACCUGAUACUGAUACACAAGUAAAGUCACACACAAACAUUAUAGAUAAUUAUAUAUCAAGACUUCAGAACGAUGAAGUUUCAGAAAUUUAUCCCAAGAGUGAUAAUGUACCAGAAAAAAUAGAUUUAAGUGAAAAUCUUGAUAAAACAAUAGAAAAUAAAAAAGUUGAUGAAAUGGUAACUGUAAAUAGAACCCUGAAUCAAGCAUUAGAUGUUGCAGAAAUAGACCAGUCUAGAAUAAUUGAACCUUCUAUGGGAAUCAAUUCCGAAGUUCUCUACCAAUAUAUACCAGCAACUAAACUCAAAGGUUUAGAUGAUUGGGUGCCCGAGUCUCUUCAUUAUUCUUAUUAUAAUAGCAAAGAUAAAGACUUCCCAUUAAUAGUAGAACCGGAAAAGGAAUUCACUUAUCCGGAACAUUUGAAAGUGUACACAUAUGAAAUGAACAGUGAUUGGAGCAUGUUUCCUGAACCAAAGAGAUCUCAGACAGGUGUUUUUAACUAUUACCCAAUGGAUUGUAGCAGUGUGGUUGCAGUGCUAGCACUUUGUCUUUCACCUGGUGAUAGAUUGCUAGACUUAUGUUCCGCACCAGGGGGCAAAGCCCUAGUCGCGUUGCAGACAUUGCUGCCCGAUGUAGUUGUUUGUAAUGAUGUAUCUAUAUCUAGGUCUAACAGGACUGAAAGGAUAUUCCGUGACUAUUUGAUAGACUUCGAGAAUAACAAAUGGCGGGAAAGAGUGCUCCUUUCCCGCGUUGAUGGACGUAUAUUUACUGAUGAUCAAGGAUUCGACAAGGUUCUUGUAGACGUGCCGUGCACUACAGAUAGACAUUCAGUGAACGAGGAUGAGAACAAUAUAUUCAGGCCGGACCGAGUGAAGGAGAGAUUGCGUAUACCGGAGCUGCAGACACAGCUAUUAGUGAACGCUUUAAAGCUAGUAAAGGUGGGCGGGGCAGUGGUGUACUCGACGUGCUCUCUGAGUCCAGUACAAAACGACGGCGUGGUGCACACUGCGCUCAGGCACGCCUUCGAAUCCCAUCAAAUUGUCGCUGUUGUUAGAGAUCUAUCAUCAUCACUGCGCAGUCUGAGCAGCACAUUACAGCUGGGCAGCGGACCCGCAAAGCCCCGCUACGGGCAGCUGGUGGUGCCCUCAACUGCCGCUAACUUUGGACCCGCAUACAUAGCUAGACUCGUCAGAGUUAAGUGA